AUGGCAGAACCGCAGCCCGCGUCCGGCGGCCUCACCGACCAGGCUGCCCUCGGUUGUUGCUCGGACCCGGACCCCAGCACAAAGGAUUUUCUGUUGCAGCAGACCAUGCUGCGAAUUAAGGAUCCUAAGAAGUCUUUGGAUUUUUAUACUAGAAUUCUUGGAAUGACGCUACUCCAGAAAUUAGAUUUUCCCACCAUGAAAUUUUCACUCUAUUUCUUGGCUUAUGAAGAUAAAAAUGACAUCCCAAAAGAUAAAGAUGAAAAGGUAGCGUGGGUAUUCUCCAGAAAAGCUACACUUGAACUGACACACAAUUGGGGCACUGAGGAGGAUGAGGCCCAGAGCUACCACAGCGGCAAUUCAGACCCCCGAGGCUUCGGUCACAUUGGAAUUGCAGUUCCUGAUGUACAUGGUGCUUGCAAAAGAUUUGAAGAACUGGGAGUCAAAUUUGUGAAGAAGCCUGAUGAUGGUAAAAUGAAAGGCCUGGCAUUUAUUCAAGAUCCUGAUGGCUACUGGAUUGAAAUUUUGAAUCCUAACAAAAUGAUAACUAUUAUUUAG